GUUGAUCAACUGCACUUCCUUUAAACACGAUCUCAGUCAGUCAGUCGGUCAGUGACGGCUGGUGGCUGAUGGAGACGCGCUAUGUGGAUGUUCCCAUCAAGGUUCUGACUCAAAGAUUACGGCAAAGCAAGCAGCCCAAGUCAAGAAUCAAAAUGGAUUACAAAUAUGAUGAUGGAGUAGAACUGCUGUUGGCUCACAUGAAUAUAGAAGACAUCAUCAACGCUGCAGAGAAUCUAUAUCAGCUUGAGGAAGUUGAAGAGGAAGGAGGCUUGUCAUUCGAAGAGGAAGGUUCCUCUCAGGAGGAGAUGGAUGAGAAUGAGGAGGCGGGUGACUCUGUGGGCUCACGGAGUCAGCAAACUGACUAUGAAGAUGGAGUAGGUGGUGUCCGGUACGGGACGGUGACAGACCUCCUGUCCUUUGUCAACCUGCUCUCCAACAUGCAGGCAUCAGCCCUGCAGCACCUGCCUAAGGAGAUGGGAGUCCUACUGAACAAGAAGGACAUGGCUGUAAAAAAAGGCCGCUACCAGAUCAACAUGGACGUGCUCCUGUUCCCAUGGAAACUGACCUAUAAAAACCGUGGCCCUGGCCUUGUGGCCAAGGGCUCAUUUGGGAAAGUCCACUUGGCCCAGGAUAUCAGUACCAGGAAGAGAAUGGCAUGCAAAUUGGUCCCCUUGGAGAACUUUAAAGCAGCCGAUGUGGAGUUCCAAGCCCGGUACCGCCAUGAAAACAUUGCUGAGCUCUAUGGCGCUCUGCUCUGGGACCAGAGCGUCCACCUGUUCAUGGAGGCCGGAGAGGGUGGCUCGGUCCUGGAGAAGCUGGACAGCUGUGGGCCCAUGAGGGAGUUCGAGAUCAUCUGGGUGACCAAGCAAGUCUUGCGGGGCCUGGAGUACCUUCACUCGCACAACGUCAUCCACCAUGACAUCAAACCCAGUAACAUUGUCCUGAUGUCAGACAAGGCAGUGCUGGUGGACUUUGGCCUGACAGUGCAGAUGACAGAGGACAUAUACAUUCCCAGAGACCUGAGAGGAACAGAGAUGUAUAUGAGUCCAGAGUUGGUUCUGUGUCGAGGGCACGACACCAAAACAGACAUCUACAGCCUGGGUACCACCAUCAUCCACAUGCAGACUGGUAGCCCUCCAUGGGUCCGGAGAUACCCACGCACUGCCUACCCGUCCUACCUCUAUAUUAUCCACAAGCAAGCCCCCCCUCUGGAGGACAUAGCGGAGGACUGCAGCCUGGCCAUGCACUCCUUCCUAGAGCGAGCCCUGGAGAGGAACCCUGCUCUGCGGAGUUCUGCGUCGGAGCUGUUGAAGGACGAAGCCAUCAACCCACCCAGGGAGGAUCAGCCACGCUGCUGGAGCCUUGACUCAGCCCUGGAGGAGGCCACCCACACUAUGCUACGGCUGCAGAGCCAGCACCACGACACCACACAGGAAUCUUCUCUGUACUCUGAAGACUCCGCCCAUACGAGGAGGAAGGGCUCCUUGUACAUUGACCUGGGGGCCUUGUCAGGUUACUGUAAACUGGUAACAGGGCCCCCCAACUCAGAUUAUGGUUAGCACCGCACCACAUCUAACCAUGUACGUGGCUGAACUUUAGCCUUUUCUCACAGCCUAGCCCACUCUUCACUGAGGGAGGACUGAUGAAUAGUUCAGACAGGUGGACAGCUGGAAGGCAACAUGGCUCAUUGAUGAUCUGCAAUUAAGAUGACUUGUAAUGAAGGGAAUUAGUUCAACCUUGAUGAAACUGAACCUUGAUGAACUGAAAUGGACUGCUGUGACAACAACACUGCAGGACAGUGGCUAGAAGACAUGCAUUAUGCAUUAAUAAGCAUUAACUGUUAGUUAUUGGUAUAAUUUUCCAGAGCUCCCUAUGGGGUUUUUGUAUUUGCUAUAUUUCAGAGUGGUUGUUGACACAAUAAUCAAAUGUAUGCAGUUUUUUUCCUCAUGAAACAAUGUCUAAUAGUCUUUAAGAAAUAAGUUAUCACUAAAAAUGUGUAAGCUAUCUUUUUAAGUAUGUUUGCACUAUGCAAACAUGUGUACGUAGUCUUUAUGGACUCCCUCUUGUUAAUUCCUGUGGAACAUUAAUAGCAUCAUGAUGCUGUACAAAUUACGCUUCUGUGGAAUGCAUGUGAUAUCUGAUUUGUGUUUUGUACAUCCUGUGAGAUGAGACCUGGCGUGCUUUAUACUAAAAAUCAAUUGUGUUA